CAGGGCUCCGAUUUGGGGCCCGCGCUGCGGCUGCUGGGGGCGGCGGAGACGGCCCGGCCUGGUGGGGACAUGGGCUGGAGGCUGCUCUGUGAGAUCAGGGGCCCGCCAGGGGCCCGGGGCUCCCGGCCUGGCCGUGGGCUUUGGAGCCGCCGCGUCCGUCUUUCCUCCAGUCGGGCCAGGGACUGCCCGCUUCUGAGGGAGGGCCUCAGGGCCUCUGCGCUUUGCAAAGUGCUCUGGCGACCGCUUUACUCUGUUGUGAUGGGCGGGCCUGCCCUUUUGACUGACUCUCACCCUGGAGACUUUGUGUGGUUAAGCAUGAGGUCCCUUUGGACACAGUCGUUUGGAGGACAGCUGUGUAUAUGACAAUACUUCCAUUUGCAGUUACCAUUUUGAGGUCAUGCUUCUGGUAUUCUCAUUACUCCCGAACCAACUUUUUCUUCAAAUUACAGCUUUGUGGGCCACGUUCACGUGAGAUGGAAGAUUUUCGAGGUAUAGCAGAAGAGUCAUUUCCAAGCUUUUUAACCAAUUCACUCCUUGGUAAUAGUGAGGUUUUGGAAAAUGUCACUCUUUCAUCAAAUUUUGGCUUGCCCAUUGCUGUUUCUACACUUGCCAAGAACAGACCCAGCAUUGACAGCAGGUGUCCUGAUGUCCAGGCGUCAUACUUACUUGAAGGAAGGCUUUCACUUCCUUCUGUCUCAUCUUCCAGUUGCCAGGGGGACACUGCUGAACCAAGACAAAGAUUACAGCUCAGCUUUCAGGGUGAUGAUUCUGCCUUAAGGAAAAAGAACUACAUAGAAAGUCCACAUUUGCCACUUGCUCUCAUGAGACCACGAACAGAAGAGAAGCAAGCUAACAUUACAACAUCUAUUCAGUGUCAGCGUCUUUUGGAUGAAGUUUCCCCUCUGGAACAAGUACCAGACUCAGCUCUUGAUUUUCACUUAAAAUCAUGGAUGAGUAACCAAGAACACAAGACUGUCAUGCCUGGUGCUAGGAAGCAUAUUGAAGACAAGACUCCAGACAGUGAUUUCAGCCAUACCAGCUUAUUAGAAAACGAGAGACUUUUAACACUCACAAGCCUGGAAGACUCCUCUGAUGAUGAUAUUAAUGAUGAAGAAUUUUAUGAUGAUCAUUUAGAAGCAUAUUUUGAACAGCUGGCUAUUCCAGGGAUGAUAUAUGAAGCAGGAGGACAGGAGUCACCAGAAAAUGUUUUUAAGUUACCUGCAAAUGAAAACAAUAUCUUAAACUGUGAGUUCCAAUUAGAAAAUAAUAGCUCUCUGAUUUCCCAUGAUGCAUGUACUUCAGGAAGUUCUGGAACAACUCAGAGAGAGUCUGAGGAAGGCCAUGGUUGUCUCCCUGGGACCAGUGGCUGUGCAGGUAUUGUAGAUAAUAUAAAGCAGAUAGAUAGUGUAUCAUCAUUUUCUUCUCAUACCUGGAAAACUGAGAAGGAAGGGGCACACAAUUUGAAGGAUAUUGUUCCAGAUCAAAGCAGAGAAUGUGCAGGAGAGGAUGUUCUGGGGAAAAUGCUGCGUACUGUGGAUGAGACACUCAACCCUACUUAUAGUCACAACACAAAUGAUGUGAAAGGUGGCUUUGACCCGGCUGACUCCACAAAACAGGAUUCAGAGUCUUCUCACCAAAAUAAGCAUUUGGCUUCAGAUUUAGAAACAGUUUUGAAUGUGGAUAGAUGCUUAAACACGGAGACUCCUACAGUGUUUGUUCAAAAAGUUGAGAGCAUUGCAUCUCUGAAGACUAAUGGUGACAAUGGAGUUAGUUCUUCUGAUUCUCUUUGGUCACCAACUUGUGAAAGGAGAGCAUGUGAAUUUUAUGAGUCCGUUACAAAGCCUAAUGACCAAACAGAUCUCUCACAGAACGUAGUCUACCAAAAUGAGGAUGGCAAAUGGGUCACUGACCUUGCAUACUACACAUCUUUUACUGAUCAGCAAGAUUUACAGAUGUCUCCAAAUAAUGAAAUGAAUGAAGACUUCAGAUCUGGUAGUGAAGUAUUGGAUUUAAUUGCAAAAGAUGAAGAAGAAUUCAAUAAAGAACAUCCAUUUAUACAGGAUGAAAAAAUAGAUGUUCAGAAUACUUCAGUUGCACUUGGUGAUACGUCCUGGGUGGCUACAGUUAAUUACCAUUUGUUGAGGAAAUCACUUGGCACAUCAGAUUUCGACAAAGAUGAUGGCAGUUACCUACGCCUGUCAUUAGGAGAGUUCUUUGCAGAAAGAUCUGAAGCUCUUGGUUGCCUGGGUGGUGGUAACAAUGUGAAAAGACCAUCAUUUGGUUAUUUUAUUAGAUCACCAGAGGAGAGAGAACCUUUUGCAUUACUGAAAUCUGAUGUGUCAAGAAGUAAUUUGGAAAAAGAAGUGACUCAUCUUCACCACGAUUUAAAUUCAGGAAAUUUAAAUGAACAGUCCCAGACACAGCUAAGUGAAGGAUCAGUUACACUUCAGGCUGAAGAACUGCAGAGUACGUCACAGGUGGAUGAAAAUGAUGUGACACUAACUGCUAACAAAAGCAAGACAGAGGACACUUUCUGCAUUACUGACAGACUGGAAGACCACCAGAACACACUGUCUGGCGGUGGAGACUCUGUCCUGAGAAUAAGCACCAUUGCUUCAGCCAUUGCAGAUGUGUCCCUGAGUACCGAUCCUGCCCAGCUUGUUGCCAUGAUGAAGGCACUUACAAAUAAAAGAAGAGGCCAGACUUUUCAGGAUGAUGAUACACAAGAGGACUGUUCCACCAUGUCUCAUUUCCUAAUUAAUGAUGUAGAAAAAAGUAACAGAUCCAAUGCAUUUGAUAUGGAGAAGUACCUUACAAAAACAGAAAUUAGUAGCUGUGAAGGUGCACGGGAGCCGUUUUCGAGAGCCGGCACAUGUGACAUUUGGGAUGUAUGUUUGCCCAAACAGCAGACUCUUCAAGACAUCAGUAUAGUGAAUGCUGCUGCUACUAAUACAAGGGAACCUAAAGGAGAUUCAGCAGCUGUUUUCUAUGGUAAAAAUACAGAGAGUGAGACUGAAGCAUCACUUCGAACAAUAACCUCUUCAAACUCGGUACUUACAAACAUCAGAGAGAAUGGAGACACAGCCACAGGGAGGAAGACAUGCUCCAUUGACGAAUUACCAGAUGUGCAGAACAAUGAGAAAGCUGCUUCGGUUUCCACUCCAACACCCAGUAGUUACUCAUCAGUGAGGGACUCCAGAGUACCAUGCCUUCGCCUUUUAGAAGAAUGUGAAGAAAUACAAGAUAAUAGAGAACACCAAAGGAAAAAGGAAUGUGUCAGUGAGACAAGCAGCAGUGACAAGCACGUCACUUUUGAAGAAGGUUGUAGAGUCUUAUUUAAUAGUGUUGAUGUGAAAAAUGCCUUUCCCAAGAGUGGUGGAUCUGGCUUGGAAGAGCAGGGGAGCUUCAGACUGUCUACUUCACCACUCAGCCAUUCUUCUCCUAGUGAGAUUUCUGGAAGCUUAUCAGGGUGUGCUCUAGAGUCUCUUGAUUUAGCUCAUCCCCAGAAACCCCACUCAGAGUGUGGGUUGUCAAAAUUGACAUGUUCCCAUGCUGAUCUGAGCAGGCUGACUUAUGUGUCUGAACGGGAAAGCACUUUUCCCGUCACAGCUGCUGAUGAAAGCUCAGAGGGCCAUAAGAGCGAUCUCACCAGUGAGUUGAGCACCACAGUUGUUGGAGCCAGUCCAACUCCAUCAGAGGAGCGAACUGUGGAGAAGCUAAGAGACAAAGUUCCAGGUCAGAAUACCGAGAAAGUAGCAGUGCCUUGUAUUGUCCGGGUUGAGUCUCGUUUAGGAAAAGUGACAGAAACUCCUUCUUUGAGUAGUGGAUUUGAAGAUGGAGACCCUAAUUUUACACCGAGUCAAGAUAUUUCUUCCAAAAGUGAAGAUCACUUGGAAGCCAGUAAGGUAGAUUCAACAUCUGGCCCCAGUGAACAGGACCUGAUUGGCCAGGCUCUCCUGAACAAGCCAGGUCUGAGCCACCGGUCUGGGCCAGUCAUACCAAGCCUCCCUGUAUUGAGCCAGAAAGCUGUGGACGAAGGUCAAAGGUUAAUGUCUACUGGUCUCUCAACCGCCAGCAGUGGAUCCAGCAGCCAGAUUCCUAAUCUGGGCAGCUCUGCAAACCAGCACAAUCCUACUCCCCACAUUUCAGGUCAUGCUUCUGUUGCUCAGGUGCAGAACCAGCCUGCUCUGUGCGCUGCCCUCUGGACUGGACAUUCUCUCUACACAGCUCCUGUGGCCCAGCAGUAUUUGGGGCCAGUCCCUUCAUCUGGGAAUGCCACCUUGCCUCAGUGCCAUGCAGGCAUGCAGGUCUUUGGUAUUUCAGGAUGUUCUUCUUAUCCUCCUGUUGUACCAGAACAUAUGGCUUCUGGGAUGUGCGUAGGACCAAAUCUUGCCUCUGGAAUGAUGGGUCCCUCUUCUCUUUAUAACCUGUGUCCUACUGCUGGACACCAGAACUUGCUGAAUACAGCAAAGCCAUUUCCUGUGCAGUCUGUUGGUGCAAACCGUGAAACCGAACCUUGGGACUCAGGGAUGAUGUCUGGAUUUGGGAAUGCCAGAGUACCUGAGGAGCUGAGGUUUCCUCACGCGUGCUGUGUCGGGAUUGCUUCUCAGACCCUCCUGAGUGUCCUCAACCCCACUGACCGUUGGCUACAAGUCAGCACCAGAGUCCUCAGUAUCUGUGUGGAUGGGGAGAAGGUGGAUCUUUCAACACAAACGUGUUUAGUUUUCAAGAAUAAAGUUGUUAUAAGACCUCAUGCCACAGAAGAGAUAAAAAUUCUUUUUAUACCCACAAAUCCUGGAAUUUUCAGAUGUACGUUUAGUGUUGCUUCGUGGCCGUUUUCAGCAGAUGCUGAUACAGUAGUGCAAGCAGAAGCUUUGGGGAGCAGAGUCACUCUCACUGCUAUUGCCGAAAGCCCUGUCAUCGAGGUAGAAACGGAAAAGAGAGGUGUUCUGGAUUUUGGUGACUUGACCUAUGAUGGUUGGAAAGCUCUCCCACUCAAGCUAAUAAACAAGACACAUGCUACUGUGCCAAUCAGACUGAUUAUUAAUGCUAAUGCCUUAGCCUGGUGCUGCUUCACAUUUUCCAAAGAACCCAUCCAUGCGUCUCUGAAAGCCGCUUCUUACUCUGAUGUGAUUGCUCAGCUGGUGUCCCCGUCCGUAGUCAGUCAUGUGAUGCCUGCCAGUUACGAUGGACAGGAUCCAGAAUUUCUGAUAGUUUGGGUUAUUUUCCAUAGCCCAAAGAAACUCUUCACUUCAGAAAUUCUAGGCUCAGCAGAAGAAUUCCUGGCCAGAGUGGAUAUAGAAGUUGACAGCCCAAAUCCUAUCCCAGUUCUUAGAAGUGUGGACCUCCGAGCAAGAGCAGGAAUAGCUAGGAUUCAUGCCCCCAGGGACUUACAGACUAUGUAUUUGUUGGCCGAUGUAAAUUCCUCAACAAAGCAGCCCUUGCCUUUGAAAAAUGCUGGGAAUAUUGAAGUUUAUCUAGAUAUCAAGGUUGCAGAACAAGGAAGUCAGUUUUCAGUGGAUCCAGAGAGUCUAUUUCUUAAACCUGGAGAAGAACAUGAAGUUACAGUUUCAUUUACACCAAAGGAUCCCAAAGCAUAUGAAGAAAGGAUCCUGAAAAUAUUUGUGCAGCCCUUAGGACCUCAGUAUGAGGUAGUGUUAAAAGGUGAAGUCAUUUCUUCUGGGAGUAAACCUCUGCCACCUGGACCUCACUGCUCAGAGACUCCAUUGAUUCUGUCCAAUAAGCAGUUUCUGACUUGGGGAGGUAUCCCUCUCGGCAGGACACAGCUCCAGAAACUAGUUUUAAGAAACAGUUCGACAACUACAGCCCAAAACUUGCGACUGCUUAUUAAAGGACAGGACCAGGACUGCUUUCAGAUUAAGAACACUUUUGGCUCAGAAGAGAGAUUGACCAGUAACUGUGAGAUCAGAAUUUGCCCAGGAGAGGAUUAUGUAAUCUCUGUGUUAUUUGCACCUACUCGAUUAUCUUGUAUGUUGGCUAAACUAGAAAUCAAACAGCUUGGAAAUCGUUCACAGCCAGGCAUUAAGUUUAUGAUACCUUUGUCUGGAUAUGGAGGAACAAGUAAUCUUAUUUUAGAAGAUGUUAAAAAAUUAUCUGACAGUUACUUGGUAACAGUGAAUGGCUUAAUUCCUGGCAAAGAAAGUAAAGUUACUUUUUCUGUUCGCAACACUGGCUCCAGAGCAGCCUUUGUUAAAGCAGUAUGUUUUAAAGAUUCUCAAAGAAAAGUUUUGCUGGAUCCUAAAAUAAUGAGGAUCUUUCCAGAUAAAUUUGUGCUUAAGGAAAGAACCCAAAAAGAUGUUACUUUACUGUACAGUCCAUCAGACAGACAGAGUGACAGCAGACCCUCAACACAGCUCCUAACUGUCUACUUCUUUGGUGGUGACGAAAUCUCCAGACAGCAGUAUCGAAGAGCCCUGCUGCAUAAACCAGGAGUCACAAAGCAGAUACUUCCGGAACAUAGUGUGCUACAGAACAUCGACUUCACUGAAGCAUUUCAGGAUGAGCUACUCAUAGAUGAAGCAUGUGAUCUUCCUCAGCGGCCUAAUGAUAUUCAGCUCUUUUAUGGAAGUAUGCGUAAAAUUACCCUGUCAGUAAUUGGAGAAUUCAGAGAUUCUGUUUCUAGCAGAGAAUUUCUUCAGCCUUCUUCCAGUGCUAGGUUGGAAUCUAAAAGUGAUUUUCCCAGUGAAUCUGGAACGUCUGGAAAACAAAGUGGCAAUGUCUCUUUGGAUGUUUUACCAGUCAAAGGCCCUCAAGGUCCUCCUUUUCUCUCAAAAAUUGCCCACCCAGCUCAGGACACACCAACCUCUGAAGAAAGGUGGGCUGUCCAUCCGGAAUACUUGAUUCUGGUAGCUCCUCCUCCGUGUGGAUACGUGGUAGGUGACAUGGCAAAAACUGGACGUUUCCAGAUUAUAAAUAACUCUGUUAGGGUGCUGAAAUUUGAGCUAUACUGGCCAGCACAUUGUCUGACAGUCACACCACAACAUGGAUUUAUCACACCAGAGAGUAAAAUACAAAUUCUUGUGAGUCCCAAUUCUUCCCUGUCCACAAAACAAUCAAUGUUCCCAUGGUCCGGCUUGAUCUACGUUCACUGUGAUAAUGGAGAGAAGAAAAUGGUAAAAGUUCAAAUUCGAGAAGAUUUGACUCAAGAACCUUUACCUCAUUUGGCCUCCAGUACAUUUGGAAAUCUUGCCCCAGGACCUGAACCUUCCAUUAGCCAUUUGACAAAACCAAUAACAAAACCACCUUCCACAAAAGUUGAAAUUAGAAGCAAGACAGUGAUUUUUCCUCCAACAGAACCUGGUAAAACCUCAGAGAACUAUCUGGAACUGGAGAAUUGUGGCCCCACAGAUGUGAGGUGGCACCUGUCAUCUUUUGCUCCCCCGUAUGUCAAGGGAGUUGAUGAAACUGGAGAUGUUUUUAGAGCUACUUACACAGCAUUCAGAUGUAAACCUAUUUCUGGCACACUGGAAGGCCAUGGAAUCCAAAAGGUCUCCAUCAUGUUUCUGCCCAGAGACAGAGGGGAUUAUGCCCAGUUUUGGGAUGUUGAGUGCCACCCUGCUAAAGAGCCUCACAUGAAACACACAUUGAGAUUCCAGCUCUCUGGACAGAGCAUCAGAGCAGGAAAUGAUUCUGAAGACUCAUACUCCUCCGGAGAUACCCUCAUUAAAGUAGAUCCUGCAGUCAUGUCCUGGAGGCUUGCUGUGCCCGAGACAUCCACUGGCAUCCCUGGCAGGCAGCUUGACUCGAGUCACUGUGGAGUCUAUGCCCCGAAGGAUGUCUACAUGUUCCUGCCAACCAAACUUGGGGAAUCCAGGACCCUGAAAGUCAAUUUGCGAAAUAAUUCUUUUUUAACUCAUAAACUGAAGUUUUUGAGCCCCAGAGAGCCUUUCUACAUCAAACACUCCAAAUACUCUUUGAGAGCCCGGCAUUACAUCCACAUCCCCGUGCACUUCAGACCAGAGUCAGUGGGCAGAUUUGAAGCUCUGCUUGUGAUCCAGACAGAUGAAGGCAAGAGUAUUGCUGUUCGGCUAAUUGGUGAAGCCCUUGGAAAAAGUUAACUAGAAUACAUUUUGUGUAAAUGACCCGGUAUAUUUUGGUAAUCUCAUUUUUCUACACCAAAGUUAUGCUGUUGUAUAUAUUUUGUAUAUAAAUCCAGUAUGUAUAAAGUAUAGAUUUGUUUUUAAAGAAUUCAGUCCCGAAGCCCUGACUAAAUAUCAUGUAUCUAGCUCACAGUGUUAACAUUUACAGGGGAGAAGUUCUAUUUUUGCAUUGAUUAUGACAUUCUGAAUAAAUACAGCAUAUGUUUUAAUGUGGUGUAUUCAGAAAUAAACUUGAGUUUUUCACUGA